AUGGGUGAACCCAAUCAUCCUUUACAUACAGGACAUAAUAGGAGGGAUUCUCAAAGAUCGACGCGAUUAUCGAUGCAGAUGCAAGACGAAGAUGAAGAUGAUUAUGCUUCGGCAGCCAUGGGGGUCUCAAAUGGUGGUGGUUACAGGCCGUCGGAUUCAAUUCAAAAUACUUACACUCCACCACCACCAUCAUCACCAUCGUCACGACAACCUCAAAGUCAAUUACCUCCCAUAGAGAGAAGGAGAGCAUCAACACCACCACCAAGACCUUCGAGUACAACGAAACCAAAAGGAAUCGAUUCGUUUGCGUUACGGAAUGAUGGUGGAAUUGGUCAAAUGUCAAGGGGUCCAACAUUCGCAUCCCCGGGUGGAAAUGAAAAUGGAAAUGGAUUAACAAGGACAUAUACUGCAUCAAGUGCAUCAACUGUAUCGAGCGUAUCGAGCGCAUCGAGCGAUUUGACAGUGAUGAGGCCGGAAAGCCCCUAUCAAGGACCUUCAGGACCAUCGCAUCCAUAUAAUAUGUAUAAUCAAGAAUCACGAUUAGCGAGAACAGCGAGUAUAGCAACAACUUCAACAAUGCCGGCACCACCACGAGAAAUGUCGUAUACGGGUCCAAGCGGUCCAACACAUCCUUACGGCAUGUACCCGCAGAGUACAGUCUCAAGUGAUACCGAUCAUUUACCAGUUGCACCCAUUCCGGUUGGUUUUCCGGGACUCAAUAAUGAUUACCAACGAAGGUUAGGUCCGGAAGGUGAGGAGGCCGCGGAUCUUAUUGGACCUGAUGGACACACAGAACAACUUCCACCCUAUACUAAAUAUGCAGAUGAGGCUUUUGCGAGAAAAUCACGACGCACAUCCAUACCUACACCUGUACCUGUACCCCUACCUGUGCCUACGAUUCAAAUUCCAGCUCCCGUUGUUCCUAUAUCUGGUGCUGGAGGCAUGGGACUAGCGACUCGAAAUCCCGAAUUUGCAUCACAAGACGAUCUUGAUUCAUCUCGUUCACGUCAAUCAACACGGAGUAUAAUGUCAGAUCGAAGUUCACACCAUGCCAAUACCGCCAGUAUGGAAUUUUCCGAAAAACCCCAAUUGAAGAAGUGGCAGGUUGCUGCCAAAAAGAAAUUAUGUGGCAUCGUUCCUGUAUGGGUCGUCGUUUUGAUAACACUGGUCUUCAUCCUCUUUGCAAUCGUACUAGGAACCGUCUUUGCCCUUCUGAAGCCGAAGCACAACGAUUCUGACAAUCAGAAUGAUAGUGAUGAUAGCCAAACGAGCCAAACAACAGUAUUUGCUACCAUGACCACCACUUUCGAUGCCACCCCACUUUCUUACGUACCUACUUCGCUCCCAACGCUUCCAACGGGAACUUACAACAUGCCCCUCACCGUUCCCUCGACUGCUCAGAGUAGUUGCAUCAUGAACACGGCCGAAAACUCUGCUUGGAGUUGCUCCAUAGCAACGACACCACUUGAAAUGUCUAUCGUAGAUAUACCAGGGGGAGAUGAACUUUCCAACAAGGAAAUUAUGAUGAACUAUGGCGACGCAUCCUUAAAAUUCUAUCCAUAUGGCGCCCAACCACCGAUCUUGUCCACUGCUCAGGUGUUGACUCUUGUCAAUGAUUCGGAAUUUCCCAGUCGAGGUCCAGCCUGGUUUUUCCAAAUUUCAUACAACAAGGUAGUCGUGUUACCACACAAGACCUUUUCAACAAAAUCGAAGCGGGAACAGCCUGCUGCUGGUUUCAUGAAUCGCAAAGGGGUAGCUCAAGCGGGAGACCAGCCUUGGUUUUGUUAUUGGAAUGGAACUCUACUAGAAGCAUUCAUUUAUGUCAACGAAACUAGUAGCGCAGGUUCUACCUCUACGGUCACUUCCGGUACUUCAUUUCCAACUCCUACUGGUGGAUAUGGUGGUGGAUAUGGUACGAGUACGCAUUCGUCAGAUGUACCUUCAUCUUCUGCUGGAGUUCAAUCACAAGGCUCUUCUUCAUCUGGAUCUUCGCAACAGGAUAACCCUCAAUUCCUACCGCAAUACCCCAAAGUCUAUAAAGUCGCCGAACGUCGUGUUCCUCGAGGUGGUCAGACCGUUCCAGCCUACUGUGUAGCUCAUCAGAUCUUAUCGGAUGGUAUGGCUUCACCUUUAAUGAACUCGACUGGUCAGCCUAUCACCAUCUACUUGAAUGAGACGGAACCUACCAGUCUAUCGCCACUACAAGACCGUAGUCUUGUCUCAGACCUGUUUGAACGAGAUAUAACGAAUCGGGAUGGCGACGAGAGUUGUGGAUGCGUAUGGCUUGAAUCUUGA